AUGAGCAAAAUCGGAUUGUUGGAAGCAAUGAUACCAUAUCUUGAUAAAACAUUUGAUGACAUUCAUGGGCAAUUUCGUUGUCUGGGGUGGAGGUGGAUAUUCCAUAUUCAAGAGAUCGUGUACAAGGAAGUAGUCAUCGAGUUUCUAGCCACAAUGUCUUUUGCAAGGAAGGAUGGAAUUUAUGCUGACAACAACCUCACUUUAUGCCUCGGUGGCGAGAGGCAGGGGUUUAAAGUAGAAUUGCAUUGGAAUGCAAUUGCAAAUGGAUUUUAUGAUAAGGGAACUGCGCAAGAGAGUGACAUCCGCUAUCCUAUCCAUCGAUUGCUACACCGCCUAAUCACCGACACUAUAAAUCAACAACAAGAAGGGGAUAAGUGCCCAACUAUAGACAUAUUUUUCUUAUGGGAUCUUACUUCUGACAAUACUCAUGUAGAUCUACCAUUUCUAUUGGUGGAUUUUCUUGCGGUCCGUGCAGGAAAAGAUAGGCGAGGGUCUCCAUUAUAUGGUGGUAUGUUGAUUACCCUGAUUGCGUGUUCAUAUGGCGUACUUGAAAAACGCGAAGCCAUGAUGUUGAUUGUGGAGCCAAAAAAUCCCUACUCUACACUUCUUUAUAAGAUGGCAAAUAUUGCUAUUGAUCAUGUAUAUGGUAAUUUUGGUAUUCCUGAUGACACUUCACGAGGCCGAGUUCCGAGGCGGGUACGACCAAGGGGAAAUGACCCUAAAGGAGAGGAGCCACCACUUUACCCAACCAAUGAUGAGAUGCCCACGGAUCCUUAUAACAUUGCUAUGAGGAGGUUUGAUGAUAACUUCACAUGGGGUGUCAACUAUACUAACAUGGGCCUAGACCACCUUAUGUAG